AUGGAGGAGGCACCUUCCAUGAAUCGUCCUACUCUUAAGGCGCCCGUCUUUGAUGAAGUGUGCGAGACCACAGGUGUGACUUUGACUCGAUUCAUGAACGAAGUGGCCAUAUUGAACCCAGAGAUUGCUGAAAUUACAACUCUUUUUGGUGCGAUAGACACCGCAUGUAAGGCUAUUUCCAAUUUGGUCAAGCGGUCGCAGUUGCCCAGUUCUGAGACCUUGGGGUAUCAAGGAAACGUCAAUGUUCAAGGGGAAGAUCAAAAGAAAUUGGACGUUAUUACGAAUGACUUAUUGAAGCGGGCACUUCGAUUUACAGGACGAUUAGGUAUUUUGGCAUCUGAAGAAGAAGACGAGCCAGUUGAUUUGAUUGGAAAUGCAGUUACCGAUUCGGAAGAAAUUGUUAUUGAUGAAGGAGAAAAGUAUGUGGCCGUCUUUGAUCCAUUGGAUGGUUCUUCCAAUGUGGAUGCUGGAAUUCCAACGGGGACAAUCAUUGGGAUCUAUGAACACGACGACUGCUGUGAGAUUGACUACGAUUGCGUGGACGAAGAAGACUGUACUGAGCAAGAAGCACAAUGUCUAGCCAACACACUCCAACCUGGAACCAACCUUGUUGCUUCAGCAUACUGUCUAUAUUCCUCCUCCACUUUCUUGGUUCUGACCUUGGGCAAUGGAGUCUACGUAUUCACCUUAGACGAAACCAUUGGGGAGUUUGUUCUUUCCAAACCAAACAUCAAGAUUCCAGAAGACUGCAAGAUCUAUUCCUUCAAUGAAGCCAACCUAGAAAAAUGGGAUGAACCCAUGCAAAAGGUAGUAAAGAGGUGGCGUGAAGGAACUGGAAAGUCGGGUGAGCGAUUCUCCAGUCGGUACAUUGGAUCCAUGGUUGGCGAUGUCCAUCGAACCUUGUUGUACGGCGGUGUAUUUGGAUAUCCUGCAGAUACCAAGAACACCAAUGGUAAACUGCGACUCUUGUACGAAGGAGCUCCAAUGUCUUUCAUUAUGGAACAAGCUGGUGGAUUGUCAACUACUGGUAAGCGGCGAGUGAUGGAAUGUGUUCCUGAAUACGUCCACCAACGGAUUCCCCUCGUCAUGGGAUCCAAGAAUGCCGUACAAGAGGUGAUCGAUGAAUAUGCGGAGUCGGAUUCUGCCUACUAG